UCUACAGCGACCUCUGUGACGAUUUGCCGCCCCGACCCUCGUCCUGAGCCCCAACGAAAUUGGGCAGCCGCGAGCGGGUCAACUGGAGUCUGCCCAGAAACUCUAAUCUCAUUGCCUGACCAGAAAAGGAAGUAAUCCCUAGUGUCAGCAGAUUCAGCGGUAUGGGUAUAUGAUAGGUAUACAGUUUAUUUUUAAUUAUUCAAUUAAUUAUUUUUGGAUGACUCUGAUGAUGUUCUAACUUAUCUUAAAAACGUAUUUGAAAAGACAGUCUUGUCUCUAAAAGACUGUUUCCUUAAUUUAUGCAAUUCUAAUGAAUUAUCGGUAGAUGGCAGUAAUUUGUUUUCAUUUUUCUUUUCAUUGCACAAUAGAAAUCUGGGAAAAAACCCAAAACUUUUCCAAUUUUACGGCAUGAAUUUUAUGAAUAGUUGGUUUAAAUAAAUAUUAUCCAAGAGUUCUUCAAUUUAUGUUGCUAUAGAAAUAGAGAUCAAAAAGUACUAGUUACUUUAUUUUUAUUGUAUAAAUCAAAUUUUCUUUAUUCUUUAGGUUACUUUAUCAAAUACUUUAAGGAAUACAAAAAUGAAUAAAACACUGUAUUUGCCUUCCCGGUGCUUACAAUCUAAUGUGGAAAGAUACUAUAAAAUAAUGAAAAUAAUAAAAAUAAAAAUCUGUUGAGUAUUCAUUGUGGGACAGGAAUCUGCUAAAUGCUUAACAUGCAUUAUUUCAUUUAGUCUUCACAAUCACCCUAAUGAAGCAGGCACUAAUAUUAUUUCCAUUUUAUGGGUAAGGAGUCUGUGGCCCAGGUUGGAAAUAAUUUUCCUAAUAAGUUAAUAAGUAGUGUAAUUUAGAUUCAAAACUAGCUCUGUCUUUAGACCUAUACCUUUAUUUAAAAUGGCAUAAUAGAAAUACUGAAACAAUUCUUCUAAAAAGAGAAAGACCAUAUCUUCCCAGAAAGAUCAAGAAAGACCUCCUAAAGAAAAAGCCAUCUAAAUGGAAUUGAAAGAUUGGCUGUGAUGUUGACAUCAUCAGAAUAGUGCUUUUGGAGCAUCAUUCUGUUAGAAAAGGGCAAAUUGGAGUGGAGAUAGACUAUAAUUAGACACCUGUUAUAUGCCAGGCACUUGUAGACCUCUGCCGUCAUGGAGCUUACAUUAGUAGAAGGAUAUGGAGAUGUCAGUGGUGAUAGAUGCUGUCAAGAAAAAUGAGGCAGGGCAAGGAAACAGAGGGUGAAAGAGAGAGUUAUCAGAGAAGGCUUCUCUACUAAGAUAGUAUUUCGAAUUAGUAAGGAGUGAUUAGAUUCCAGUAUAAUUUAAAGGUAGAGCCAAUAGGCUUUGCCAAAAGAACUGCAUGCAGCUCGUAAUGGAAAAACAGUGAAGGUUCUGGCUCAUCUUUUGAGUAGGUCAAUCGGGGCAGCACCCUUGGAGUGUUAAGGAUUUCUCAAAGGGCCUAUGAAACAUCAACAAUAAGAUAUCCUUUAUUAUUACCUUGGGCAAGUCUAGUUGAAUUGCCUUGGGCUCUAUACCCUUGUAGAGACCUCCCUGCUAAUGAAUUCAGGGUUUUUGGCCUAAAGAACAAGAAAAAUGAACUUAUAAUUUACCGAGAUAGAGAAGACUGUGAAGGUGCAGGUUUAGUGGUGGUAAUAGAGUGGACAGAGGAAUCAAGAGUUCAGUUUGGGACAUACUGAGUUGAAAUGUCUAUUAAAAAUCCAAAUGGAGAUAUCAGGUAGGCAAUGAGUAUGAGUCUGCAUCUCAACAGGAAUGUUCAGGGUAGAGAUAUAAUUUGGGAAUUGUCAGCCUACAGGUGGAUUUUAAAGCCGUAGAACAAGAUGGCAUCACAUGUAGAAUAAGUAUGAGAAAAGAAGGAAGCCUGAGGACUGAGCACUGGGAGGUAUAACAUAAGUGGAAAAGACGAGAAAGGACCAACAAAGGAAACCAAGAAGUAUGGUGUUUCAAGAAGGCAGUAAUUAUCAAAUGUGUUAAAUGAUGUCAAUAAGUCAAGUAAAAUGAAGACGGAACUUGUGCAUUGAAUGUGGCAAUGUGGAGCUCACAGAUACCGUGAUAAAAAUCUUAAAAGCACAGUGAUAAAUGACUGGUUCUAGUGGGUUCAAGAAGAAAGAGGAGAGGAAGUGGAGAGCAAGGAUCUUGGCUUUAAAGGGGAGCAAAGAAAUGGGUCAGUACUGAAGAAGGUUAUGGUGUCAAGCAAGGGUGGUGGUGGUAGUGGUUGUUGAUUUAUGAUGGGCUGUUAAGAAUAAUACGUUUGACCAAGUAAAUAGGGAAAUUCUAUUGAGGGGCCAUUCAAAGAAGUAAUGUCUAUGAGAAGGGAGUACAAAAGUAGAGGACUGGCCUUAGAUAGGAGCAAGAACACUUUAUUUAUUGCAAGAAAACAGUAUGCUGGUAUACAGGUACAGGUACAAAAUCUGGUAGAUGGGUAAUUUACCAUCUUCUCUGAUUUUUUUCUUCUAUCUCAGUUAAAUUAGAAGGUAAAUUAUCAACUCAAAGGAAGGGAAAAGAGGUGUGGGAGGUUUGAAGACAGAGGAUAAAGAGUGAAACAGUCAUCUACAUAACUUGGUGCAUCUUAAGAGCCUAGGAUCAAAGUCCCACUUGACAUAAAAUGGUCUUGAAUUUAAAGUGAGUCAACAGCAUAGUUGUAUGUCUUUCUUUAAGCAUAUUCAGCUACUUGAGUAUAAGCAAAGCAGCUGGUUGGGAUUCUUCCAGGGAAUUAGGACAGGGAGUGAGCUGUAAGGGAAAUGAGGGUGAAAGCAAAGGAAUCUAAGCGAAGUAAGGAGGGAAGAAUAUAUGAAGGGUUGAGGGAAUGUGUAAAGAUACAAGAGUCGAUGGACUGGAAGUCUUGCGGGGUGAAAAACAGCACAUAAUGUCAAAAUACUAGAUAGGAUAAGCUAGAAAAAUAAACAGUAGUUUGAAUCUGAGAUUAUGGAUGAGGUACAGUUAUACUCUAUGGGUUGCUGGGGAGAAUAAAUGAAAGAAGACCUCGAAACAACUGAGAGUUCAGGGUUUUAGAUAUACCAUUUGUGUGGAUAUUGAAAUUCCCAAGGAAAUACGAGAGAGUAGUGAUAGAGGAACAGUAAGUCAGAUGCUAUAAUCUAGGAAUGAGCCUUCCAAGACCUGGAUGACAGCUGAUAACAACAAGGAAAGAUAAAGCCUAUGUAGUAUAUGGCCUGAAUUUCAAAGGAACCAGAGAGGGUUUUAGAGAGAAGAAAAUGAAAUAUGGUGGCAGUGGAAUGGAGAACAGAAAAAAAAAAAAAUGUUUCAUCUCCAGACUUAGUGCCUUGAGAAUGAGGAAGCUGUAUCUUUGGACUUCAGUUAAAGCCAAAAGGUAAAAGGGAAGUUCACUGAAAAGGUUGACAAUAGAAAGGACUUUGCUGAAGAUGGCCCAUGAAUUUCAGAAGUCAAAGUGGAAGGAUAGAAAAGGGUUGGGGAGUGGGUAAUACAGCAUCACACUAAGGGGCUUACCAAGUUGAAUAAGGAUGGGUUCUCAUGAUGAAGAAUGACCUGGCUUCUUCUGAAGACUGAAGUUAAUAGGGAGGUAGAAUUUAAUGGGAAUUAUGCCCACAAUAUUUUAGGCAGCUUAUGGAAAUGGCACUGUGAUUUGGGGGAGAGAGAAAUGGGGACUCACCAGGAAGGUAAGUUACCUAACAGGAAUUUACUGCUAGGUGAGAGCAUGAAGAACUCAUUGGAUUACCUCUUCAGGCAUGCAAAUUGUCUCCUUAGGCAAUUGGAGGCCUGUUGGAGCUGCAGCAGCUCUGUAAAUGCACUUUACCAGAAUAGUUUCCCAAAGAAGAAAUGUAGAUGGUAGUAGUGGGAAUAGAAAGAGUAAGUUGAUUAAAGUGAUGUUUUAGCAUCAUAGGAAUACAAAAUGUAGUGGACCCUUGAACAACACGGGUUUGAACUGUGCAGGUUCACUUACCCGUGGGUAUUUUCAGCCAAACUCGGAUCAAAUAUACAGUAUAUGCGGGACUUGAAAUCCCCAUGUAAGGAGGGCCAAGUUUUCAUGUAAGUGGGUUCUGAAGCACUGACUUUGGUACUUGAAUAUGCACAGAUUUUGAUAUGAAGUGGGGAAGGGGGUGACUUGGAACCAAUCCCCUGCAUAUACUGUGGGAUGACUCUAGUUUUAUUCUGGAGUGAUAUAUGGAAGACAUAAUUCUUCCCAUAGAAAGUCAUAAUCUUGGUAGUCUAUCAUAGUCUAGCAUUAAGAGCAUGAACUUUGGAACAAAAUACUUGAAUUCAAAUCACAUGUCUUACAUUUAAUGGCUCUCUUUGGAUAAAUUCUUAUAUCUAUUUGUGUACCUCACUGUACUUUUUUUCGUAAAAUGAAAAUUGUAAUAAUAUCUACCUUAUAGGGUUAAAUGAGUUACUAUUUGUAAAGUUCUUUGAAUACCAUCUGGCACAGAAUAAACACUAUAUAUAUAUUUUUUUUAAUCUAAAGCACUUGGAACAACAGUGACUAGCACAAAGUAAGUAUAAGUUUUUACCAUUGUAAUUAAUUGAGAGAACUGACAGUAUAUACUGAAAGUAUAAAUGUAGAGGGCAUGCAUUUUUCAAGGUAGAUAUAUUUAAGGAUGAAGUCUGUGACAGUGAAACCCAAAUGAAAGCGCUAGAGAGAAAAUCAGGUUUGGAUUCAUUAGCACUAAUCUGGGACAUUUCUGUGUGUUGAGCAAAAAGUAUGUAACGUGAACGGAGUAAAUGGCUCAGCUUCAGGGAAGACUUCAUGAAGGAGUAGGUUUGAAGUGAGAGUUGAAGGAAGUGACAUGAAGGAACAGGAAAGAAUUAUAAAUUGCAAGGAAUGGUUAUGAUAAUCUGCUAGGUAAGCCCUCAUGAUUUCUUUAGCUUGGAUGUAUAUUUCUAGAUAGAUUUGAUCUCUACACAGGAAACGAUUUAACUUUGCUUGUCUUUUUUGUUGCAUAUAUAUCAGGUUUCAAUCCUUUAAAUUUUUUUAGACACAUGUAACUAGUACAUGGAUCUUUGUAGUUAAUUGAUCUUUAGAAAGGUAUUUAGUGAUUUAAGGAGAAAAAUACUUAUUCCUCCUAUCGUUACUCCUAAAUGAAGAGUAGAUCAAAAUUUGCUUAGGGCUUACUGUGUCCAGAAUAGCACUGGACAGGAGUGCUAUAUUCCCUGGAUUCCACAACCAUAGAAGAAGUUGUUAAUCAUUGUUGAUAUCAUUUCUCACAGAUUCUGGUUAUAGUCUCAGAAUCUAUUUCCUCAUAGUACUGGAGUUACAUACUAUUAAUACUAACCCAAAAUAAUUAUGCAGUGUAUAUCAGGUACUAGUCUAAGCAUGCUAUAUAUAUUACUUUAGUUAUUAGAACAGCCUUAUGAAGUUUUAAAGAUGAGGUACUGAGGAUCAAAGAAGUUAAGAAACUUACUCAAGGUCACAACAGUGGAAAAGCAGAAGAAGCAAAAUUCAAAUACAGUUCUUCUUUCAUUCCAAAAUCACUUAACCGUUGUAUUCUAAUUCUUGGCACUAAUGGUGAAAUGUCAUUGACAUCCCUGUGACAUGUUUGACAAUUAAUUUACCUUUCAGGGUCACCAGUAUACAACAGGAAAAAACAAAAGUGAAAGAUUAUCAAUAUAGAUUAUUGAGUAGGAGUAAAGAAGGUAAAUCAAAAAGGGGAAAAGAGGAGAUUACAGACACAGAAAAUGUCAGACAACAAAGAAAGGAAGAGUCAAGGAUUUCCUAAAAAAGAUAACCAAGACACAAGUUCGUUAGCUGAUGCUGUAGAGAAAGUUGCAAAGCAACAACAAUCACAAGCAUCAGAGAUAGAAAAAAACAAAAAAGUUCUGUUCAAUUUGAAGAAUGAACUUCAUGAGCUUGAAAAACAAAUAGCAGCUAUCUCUGCAGAAACUAAAGGAACAGAAAGACAAAUUUAUCAACAAGAUGCUGCCAUACAGAAUACCAAACUUCACUGUGAUAGCCUGGAAACUCAAAUCAAAUCCUUACAUUCAGAAAAUGUAAAGCUUAAAUUUGACAUAGAAACAGCCCAAGAAGAUUUUGAGGAACACAUGAUAAAAUAUAAUGCAUAUUAUGCAAAAAUAAAAGCACAUAAAAAUAGUUUGGGAGAAGUAGAAAGCAAAUGGUCAUUUAUGACCGAACUCCAUGAAAAACGAGAUUUUGUUAAAAAAUUAAAGACGAUGAAAGAAGAACUUAUGCAAGAUCUUCAAAAUCCAGGAGGGAACCGAAUAACACAAGUACAGGAAGAUAUUACAAAGUUAAAGGAUAAAAUUUUAACUGUAAAAGAAUCUAUCAUUGAGAAAACUUGUUUUCUUGAGGAAGAAAAAAAGACACAUGAAAAAUUAAGAAAAGAAAUAGAGGUACAACAUAAGAGAUAUGACGCAAUUCUUAAGCGUUUGCAUUGUCAGGUGAACAAGCUUCAGGCAAAUAGACGACAGUGGCAAUGGAACAUUCAACAACUGGAAAAAACUGCAGCCGAAUUAAGAAAAUGCAUUGGAAUGCAAGAAUAACAUUGCCAUAGGGCGGUGUGGAACACAGACCAUGACAACAAAAAUUAUGGGACAGAACAUUAAGAAAAUCUUUUGGAUUCUUAAUAACAAGCAUCCACUAUCAGAGGCCUGUCUUAAUGACAGAUGUCUUUGGUGGUUGUUGUCGUUGUUGUUUUUAAAUCAGUCAUCCAUUUGUUAAAAUGCCUUCUAACCCUACACUUGAUAGCAGUAGACAGACAAUAGGAAUGCCUACAGAAAAAUAGGGCAAGAGUCUCUAUGACUAUUGGGAGUGUGUAAAAUGUAUUAUACUCAUGAAUACCUGUUUAUGUUGCAUUUGCUACCCUAUAAAGUAAAAAUUUAGAAGGGAAAAAACGCUUGAAUUUUCAAUGAUUUAAAUUGUUAAGAUAUUUUCAAAUGUUUGUCUGUUUCAAACUUUUUAUUGGAAGUUUUUUUUUACAACUGCCUUCACAGUAGCCCAUAAAUAUUGAUAUUUAUAAUAAUGUUUUUGUAUGUUCAAUGCUUCCAAUAUUUUACUCCAUUUUCUCUUCUGUCCAGAAGGUAACAAUCAUUUUUCUUUG